CACAUUCCCAAGAAAACCAACCGUGUUAACAAAACCGCCAAAGCCCUGGCCCUGCUGUGGAGCGAUGGCCGAGCGAUCCUGUACGUCAUCACCAUCUUCCUCACCGGUGCGGCUGGGUCGGCGGUGCAGAACUUUCUCUUCUGGCAGAUGCAGGACCGAGGUAGCAGUGAGCUGUACAUGGGGCUCUCCGUGGCCGUUGGGCUGCUUGCUGAAAUUUUGCUUUAUUUCUUCAAGGGGAAGUUGCUGAGGACUUUCUCGAGCAGCAAAAUUGUUGCAGUCAGUCUAAGCCUCCUGGCAGUACAGCUUCUGUGCUACUCCUUCUUGUGGACUGUGUGGUCAGUUCUCCUUAUCCAGAUACUAUCUGCCUUCAGUAGCGGUGCUUUGUGGUGGGUGGUUACCACGACGGUGGAUGACAUAGCCACUCCAGGCAUGGAGAGGCCCCUGCACGCUGUUCUCCAGGGCCUCUUCUACGGUGGAGGAGCAAGCUUGGGCAGUUUUGCAGGAGGGUUUGUCGUGAAGCACUUUGGCUUGGCAGUUCUGUACAGGGCAUGCUGCAUGUGCCUGGUGCUGUGGCUCCUCUUGUUCUUAACUCUCCAAUCUAAAUUGCCACAGCAGAAACUAAUUAAUUAUUCUCAUCUCCUGGCUGCGGAU